AUGCCUCCAGACAACUCUUCUUGGUCGGACGGUAUCCUUCUCAAGAUCGCGAAUAUCCUCGUUUACCUCCUUUUCCUUGGUUCCAACAUCUACACCGUCGCCGCUCCCACUGACAUCUACUUCACCGGAAAAGAGACUUAUGUCACACCCGCACCUUGGGCGUUCCUCAUCUGGUCCUUGAUUCACUUGCUCCUCCUGGGCACCAUCAUCUACCAGUUCUUCCCCAACGGAAAACGCAUCAUCGUCGACGGAAUCUCCUGGCGCCUUCCCUUGCUCGGAGUGCUCAAUGCCAUCUACGUCAACCUUUGGGCUAGCCACCACUACACCAUCGCCUUCAUAUUUGCGCUCUUCGUCAGUUCCGCCGUAACCCAUAUUUAUUACGUCGUCAAAAAGUACCACGAGCCCGCUAGUGUGGCGGACGAGCUUUUCGUUCACCUUCCCUUCUCCCUUUACCACGGAUGGACCACCGUCCUCGUCGUUCUUACCGCAUUCGAGGCGUUCGGCGUCAGUUCCUACACUCACAAGGCGGGUGUCUGGACCGAAGUCUUUGUUUUCCUCGCUCUGUUCUUCCUCGAGGGUACCGCCGCUGCCUACGCGUUCUCUUCUCCCGAAGGCGACCUCCCGGCCUCGAUCGCGAUCGCCUGGUCACUAUUCGCCAUCUUCGCCCACCAGCGGUCGUCGAGCUUCAUCCACUGGUCUUCGCUUGCUUUCGCGAUCCUUGCGUUGGUGUGGGUUGUCAAAGGGGGUGUCGGUCUCGGCAGGAAAGGCUGGAGCCACGGUGGCCUUGUGUUGGAGGACGAGGAGCGUGCGCCGUUAAUAGGAGGGAAUUGAGGGUGGAGCUGCUUGCAUCUGGUUUGACUGCGCUACGUGUACCCAUGUAAAGUAGGACUGUCGAUUCAUAAUUCGAAUGUUGACCGUUUCC